AACUGGCAACCCGCUGCCAUCUAGCCGUGUAUAAUAUUGCCCACAGCAGACUCUGGCAUCACAGACGGCUGGCGGUGGAGUCAGUGGUUGCCUGGCUUCAGAAUCUACAGUUCAGCCUUCUUGACAACACCAAAUUUGGAUCGACUUUUUGAAUAUUUUGAGCCUUAUUGGAAUCUUCUCUGACAGGAGAAACUCAAGGUGGAAUUAACUGCGCUUGGCGUCGUUAUCCGAACACCAUCUUCAGCAUAUUUUAAGUGUAAUUAUAAUCUUGAGGAAGUACACUACCUAGUGCUGCCUGGAUAUUUGUGUGUGGAAACAUGGCAAAGAAAAACCAGAAGGACGCAUCGGGGGUGGUGUUUGACACACGGUCCAAAAUGGUGAUGUCACAGGGAGGAACAGCUGAUAGGAUGAAGGAGAAGAUCAGUGCCGUCAGGGCAGUUGUCCCCAACAAAAGUAACAAUGAGAUUGUACUGGUUUUGCAGCAUUUUGAGAACUGCGCUGACAAGGCCGUUCAAGCUUUCUUAGAAGGCAGUGCGGUUGAGAUCUUGAAGGAGUGGAAUGUUACCGGCAAAAAGAAGCCCAAGAAGAAAAAGAAGCCCAAGCCUCAGCCAGAGGCUUCAGCGGCGCCCGAACCGCCCGAGGCCACGCCGCCCGAGGAGGGCAAGGAUGAGGUGAACGGCUUUCAUGCCAACGGCUCGGUGGUUGAUGAAGAGUCCCUUGACUCUCUGAGUGAACAGUUGGACUCUGCCUCCCUGGAUGCAGUGGAGCUGGACUCUGAACCCGCUACAUCCGAAACCACCGGCGCAGAGGCAGAAAGUCAUGGUAGUGCUCCAAGCCCCCCCUUACAGCAAGCAGGGAGGAAUCACCAGGUUCCUAGAGGCAACAAGAUCCGCCACAGGCCAGGCUCUAAUCUACACCCACCCACCUCAUCCUCAUUUCCACCCCCCACUGAUGAGCAAGGAUCCUCAGGAGUCAAGAGGAUGGCUCCCAACAUUGACCGCUCUGUGAAGGACCUGCAGCGAUGCACCGCCUCGCUGACCCGCUACAGGAUAGUGGUGAAGGAGGAGAUGGACUCGUCGAUAAAGAAGAUGAAGCAGACGUUUGCUGAGCUCCUGAGCUGCUUAAUGGACAGAGAAGUGACUCUACUGGGAGAAAUGGACAAAGUCAAAGCAGAAGCCAUGCUGAUUCUGGACGCCCGGCAGAAGCGAGCAGAGGAGCUCAGAAGGCUGACGGACCAGUCGGCGUCCAUGUCCGAGGAGCAGUUGACUGAACUGCGUGCAGACAUUAAGCACUUUGUGAGUGAGCGUAAAUAUGAUGAAGACCUCGGCAAAGCGCUGAGAUUUACGUUUGAUCUUGAACCACUGAAGACGAGCAUCUCAGGGUUUGGAUCAGUUUACCAUCCGCAUACAGGUUACUCAAAUCGGUCCCGUUGCAGCUCCACGUCCUCUUCGGUCGCCAGCCCGAGUCUGCUGGAAACUCCGCCUCCCACGCAGACCCAAAGCUGCUCCAACGAACACCGCCCUCCACCAAACAAACAGAUUUUCCAAGGCAACCGGCGCACCUUCCAGGGACAAGGGUACCACUCGGGGGGUCCGAGGUAUAACGGCGGUUCCUACAACGAGAGGAACGCUGGUCGCGCUAACCACCGCUAUCACAGUGACGCCGGUUCUUCUGGUCCUGCCCAGCACUCUCACAACUCCAGAGGCCCCCCCCCUUCCACCGCGCCCUCCUCCAACCAGGACCGACCCGCUAAUAACGGGCUGCCCCAGAGGCCUCCGCGGACUCCGCACCGCCCUUGACAUUGGAGAUCACUUUCCUAAUGGAACCCACCUACUAACCCUUGCACCCGCCCCCCAUAGCCUUCCCGUACCCUCAACACCCCCCCACCCCCCUCACCCUACUAGCUCCUUUCAAUGAAGGAUAGAAUACAAGUUUACAUAUUUUCUGUCAGUUUAGCUGUAAUGCCACCUUUCUAAAUCUCUCCCUUCAUCAUUCAAACUUGAAAAGCUCUCACUGUUCUAUAUUUGUUCUUCCUUUUUUGCAUUGAUCCGUUUCUGGUUACGGUAACGGCUUCUUUCUUUGGCCCCUCUUUGAGAGAGCUCUCCUCGCUAUGCUAUCCUCCGUCUCUGUAACUGAUAUUUUUGCAGUUAAGCUAUCUUCCAGAGACCGACGUGAUUACCUGCAACAAUUUGUGCACUGUCGAAGGUGAACUCUUAGUACUGUUUUUGUUAUUGCGUGGCUUAUGUCGGCUCACUGAUUUGCACCUCUGAUUUUUGUUGUUUCGCCCAUUUCAACGCCUUCACGGUGGAAAGUGUAGGGAAAGUGCAAAAGUGGUUCUAGCGUUAGAGAUUUUUGUCAUUAAGGGAGUAGACAUGCAAUCAACCCUACAGACUAUCAUUAAUCUUUACAAGGUAGGAGAAAUCAAUCGUAUCAAACUAAUCCAGAGCUUUUUGUAUGGCUGGCAUUAACCGUAGGGGACUUGUUAACACUAGGACUGAAAUGUGUUGAGAGGUGCUCUCUGAACGCAGAGGAUUUGCUCUUAAAGCAAAUGUUUGACACUUCGGAAAGGACUCUUUAUUUCUUUUUUAUUUUUUUAGCCAAUAGUUGUAUUAAAAUAUGGAUCCCAGUCUCGUAUAUGAUGAUAUAUGGUAUGGUAUAAAUGUCAAACUAACUUUGUAUAGCACAAAGACUGAAAGCAGUUAGAAACCGCUUUGUUUCCUGUCCUUAAUCCACACAAUCAAAAUGUCUCCAAUUAACACUUUCUGUCUGGUUUAUUUUGUUCAAUUCCUAAAUGUUUGGGGUGUGUGUGCACGGCAGAGCCAGUCCAGUCUUUGUGCUAUACUGAGCUAUGCAGCUCAGCUGUAGCCUCAAAUCCACCGUACUGACACGAGAGAACUAGACUCAUCGAAACGUAUCAUCCAACUCGAUAUGCACAUUUCUCCAAAUGUCAAGCCUGUACUGUUUUUAAAAUAAGGGCAAAUCCAGCAUUGCGUUGGUUUCCCUCCAGCCAGCGGGCGUCUGCUGUGUGCUCGUCAUGGCUUGCUGAGCAUCAUUUUGUGAGAAGGUGAGCGAUCAUUACCCACUGUUGAAAAAAAUAUCACAAAAAAGGAAACUGUCCUUAUGAUGUUCUAUAUUUAGUGCGCUACAUUUAUUUUGAUUUCCUUAGCACAGUUUCUUUAAUUUUCUCUGCCCGAGGAGGGCGUACUGAUGAAAUGCUUGCCUUUAUUCACAGCGAGACUUCACAUUUGCCUUUCUAGAGACGUGGAUGUCUUUUUAACAGAUGGUACUUUAAAGCAGGCGUGGGAUUCAUAAGUAUGUGUGAGAGUAAGAUAUUUUCUUCCCCUUUUUUUUAAGAUUCUCACUUUAUCCCAAAUGUGAACAUGGAACCGAUCAGAAACCGCAUGGAAAAAAUGCAUUGAAAGGUUGUAUUGAUUUGGAAGAAUUUUAUUUUUAAAUGUUUUCUUUUGCUGCUAAGAUGCUUUGAGGCUUUUUGUUUAAAGUUCAGUCUCGUCGCAGUGUCCACAUCUGGUGAAUACCUCACUGCUGAUCUUUAGACGCGGCCGGUUUUCAAGCGUUUUUCUCUGAGUGGGCCCUCGUUUAUCUUCUUGUAGUUAUGUACAUACAGUGUGUUGAGCUGCAAGGCUGUAGUAGAAGACUGGUUGUUUCGUUGCUGCUUUUCUUAAUGUGUCGUCUUUUGCGUCUUUUGGAAGGAAAAUUAAUUUAUAAGUUCCAUCCCCCUUUUUGUUUCUUUGUGGUUUUCCGAUCGAAAGGAGCUUUUUCCUCCGUACUUGAGAUUAAGGCCUCACCUCAGUACUUGUAUUGGUUAAAGUGGUGGAGAGACGAGCAUCAGCUUGUUUGCGGUCUCUAUGUGCUGUAACGACGCAUAAAUAUGUUUUGACUGAAAGGAAAAGUACAAUAUUUUAUGAAAUACGCUGGUUUCUUAUUGUUUGAAAACACUUCUGAUGCAGCAGACCGUGAGCCUACAAAGAGCCAAUCGGACUAUAAAACUGCCUUUGACGAGCACCCAAAAAGUGAAAUGUAUGCCUCAUCAGAAGCGUUUUAAAAUGCUAUUUGGCUUAACGGGAGCAAAGCCUUCGAUGAUAAAGACUGGUUGAUUCGAGGAACCGUCUCCCACUCGGCCCCCGGACAGGGCAAAGAAACUGCUUUGUUUCCGAUCCUUUAAACCGUGUAUUUCCUAAAAUGUCAAACUUUUCUUGAUGCUUUCAGAGGUGGUGCAGACUUUUAUUGAAGGGUGUUUGGGGGAGAGGGAGGGGCUUCAGUUUGAAUUAAAAGCUGUACGAAGGAUAAACAAAUCAGCGUUUACUGCGCAUAUCUCCAGGGUGCUCUAGGGGUGCUGGAUGUAGUCUGCCUCUCUUCGUCUUCUUUCUUUGAACAUUCUAGUAAUUAGUUUUUCACCAAAGAUCGUUUUGAAAGUGCCCCCCUCCCCUUCCCGUCCUCCCCCGUCAGCCUGUAAAGAAAUCCAAAAGGGAUUAAUCCAAACUGUUGCAUUUCUUUCUUCUACCUGAUCCCACCUUACUUCACGUUCCGAUUUCUUACUGUAUAUACAUUUAUGUAGCUAUAUAAUUUAGUGCUCACAUGGGGCAUUUUGUAUGUGAUAUUCAUAUUAGGCAUAACGGAGGUUAAACAAUCUAGUUCAUUCCUCCUUCCAGUAGAGUGUGUCCUACUUCUCAAGACAACUUUUUCUCUUUUUUUUUGAGACAACUGUAAACUCAAGUGCCUUUUCUUGUCUCCCACCAAUUCAUUGACAUCCCUUCCACCAGAGUAUGGACCAAAGACAUCGACCGUCCCCGACUCCCCUGUUCUCUUUCGCCCCACUCACUGAAUUGCACACUUUUCAUUUACUACGAAUAAACAGUUUGCAAUACUGAA